AUGUCGGCGAGAAGUCGCAAGAGCCGUUAUGAUAACCGAAGCAGUCGGCGUCUCGAUGAGAAAGGCGAGGAUUCCAAGGUGACGACCCGGCUUAGCAAAGAGGAACCGAGCAUCAUCAGGGGUACUACUCUGAAUAAUGCUCACAGCAAUGGUGAUAAAGAACUCACUUCCUCCAUGGCCACAGAUGCAAGCAGCAGCUUGCAUGCUACCAAUUGGUAUGAUGAUUACAGGUUCUGCUCGCAGUUUCCCGAGACGAGCAUCGCCUCGACCAACCGCUCUCAUCUUUUUGAAGAUGAGAACGGACCCGACAAGCAGGUGAACAGUGUGCGCGUGACGCCGUCAACACUCCGCGCCUAUGUUGCUAUGCGCGGGGGUGUUAAUGGCGUGGAGUUUGAUGAAAAAGAGCCCCUUCUGGCAUAUUUGAGGAAGAACCACAAGUUCAUGGUUUUGCAAGAUAUUGCUGACGGUCUGAGAAGCGAUACUUCAUUCAUUGAAAACGAGCGUCAACCAAAGAUUUGGUACUAUGAUGUCAAGAGCAAUGGGCAACAAUCCAAAAACCAGACUCACCAGUCAUCUUACGACCUCGAUCAUGCCACACGACGAAUCUCGCUCUCCAGCUGGCAAGACAUCAACUCCUCCAAGUUUUAUACUGGCACCAUCACUGGCGAUAACGACAGCAGUGAUGGCUGGGUCUCAGAUGGCGAGGGUAAUCCUGCCCUGAACCACAUCACUCCUGAAAUCUUUGCCCAGUGGGCAGACGGGUGCGUGAUGAGGGGUGGUGAUUUUCUGUCUGCCCGUCGGAAGGACAUCGGCACGGCUGCUGCGGAGCAACAGGACAGCAACGCUAAAUCAGAAGAGAAAAAGGACAAAGGGAAGAGGGUGAUGACCACGACGACGGCCAGCGGAAGGAGGGUACUGAUGAAGCGUCGGAGACCAGGCUCUAGGGGAGCGAUGCAGAUGCUUCCGAUUGCAAUUCCGCAGAGGUCGUCGUCGGAGAGGGGGACUCGGACCAACAAGGUUGGGUUGAUGGAGGGACUUAGGCCCAUGGCUACACCAGCUGGACCAACCCAUGACACACUGGUCGAAGCAUCCUCCUACAAAGCAACACCGCCUCCAGCAUAUGAUGCACACGUGCCACUUGAAGCCGGCCCCUCAGGGCUACCUUCAAUGGAGGUAUCCUUUUCCAGAGCAGCUUCAAUUGAUUUCCGGUCUCGCAACAGCACCGACGAGUCAGACGUCGACAACCUCGUUGUUACACUUCAGCAAGCAAUGAACACUCUUGAUGAGAUUCUGGAGCUAUGCGCGCAGAGAAAGCAGUUGAUACAGGAGAAUGAGCAGUUGCGGGAGGAGAUUGAGGCGAUAAAUCGGGGGCAGGGGAGGAUUGAGGAGGUGGAGAGGGCGCUUAAUGUUAGCAGGCCUCCUCCCGCUGUUUUGAAUCCUCCUCGUCACGCGCGGUCCUUUUUGAUGCAUCGCGGGGGUGUGAAGGAGCAGGAUGGGGAGAUUUUGGAGAGAUUGGCGAAGAGGAAUUGA